AUGAGGAUCGCGUGCCUUCAGUUUGCGCCGCACGUUGCAGAUGUGGAAAACAACCUCAGCAAGGCGGACGAGAUCCUGAGUCAGGUUGACGCAGAUGACCUGCAAGUAGACCUUUUGGUGCUCCCCGAGCUGGCCUUUACCGGCUACAACUUCAAGUCUCUAGCUCAUAUAUCUCCCUAUCUCGAAGAAUGCAGCACGGGGAUUAGCUCGCUUUGGGCUCGAAACACGGCCCUCAAGCAUGACUGCACUGUCGUCGUUGGCUACCCCGAAAAGGUAGAUCCAGCGCUCAACUGGCCCACGGACCCCCAGUAUUACAACUCUGCUAUUACUGUCAACGGCGAUGGUGAGACGGUGGCCAACUAUCGCAAAGUGCACCUCUAUUACACCGAUGAGACUUGGGCUUUGGAGGGUUCCCAUGGCUUUCUUGGACAGCGGAUCCCUGGCCUGGGCCAAACUGCCAUGGGCAUUUGCAUGGACUUGAACCCAUAUAAAUUUGAAGCUCCAUGGAGCAAAUUUGAGUUCGGGCAGCAUGUCUUGGACAGCGGUGCUCGACUCGUUGUAGUUCCUAUGGCGUGGCUCACUAAUGACGAGCAGCAGGAAUUCUUGAGCACUCUUCAGGAUCCCGACACUAUGAGUUUACUGUACUGGGUAUCACGCUUUGAGCCGCUGAUUCGUGCACGCUCCAAUCAAGAAGUCAUUGUCGUCUUUGCCAACCGUUGUGGCACGGAGGGCGAAACGACGUACGUCGGCACAAGUGCUGUGAUUGGUAUUCAGUCUGGUGAAAUUCAUGUCUAUGGCAUAAUGGGUCGUGGAGAGACGGGCCUCCUCGUGGUUGAUACGGAUUCUGAGCCGUACGCGAAAUUGGCGUAUCAGCCGCUUCAGCCAGUCGUCCGAUCAGAUAACAACGGCUCACCCGAAUUAGAUGCAGGCUCACGCAACAAUACAACCCAGUUUCAUGACUCUCAGGAGCAAGUAUGGGGAAGUCCGGAAAGGCCCAAAGAUCGUGUCCCCGAUGCUGCCCAUCAACAAGAAGUCGGCUUACACGGCUGGUACGGGAAUGAUACGAAUAAUGCCAAUGAGCAAAAACAUCAUCAAUCUUCAAGACAUGAUGAGGAGCAUUAUUACUACAGAUCACAUAAACAACAGGCCGACCAUGCACCGCAAGCAUCAAGUCCCAAGCUCAACAUGGAAUCUUUACAGUUGGAUAUCCCGCCCGACCAAUAUAUGCUCCGAAGAUAUCUUGAAUCAGAAUCUCCGGUACAUGUAGACGCAUUCAACUCUUCGAUCCAUUCCGCGAUAAGAUCCCCAGAGCCAUUUCGAGGAUCACGGAAAGAUCGGGACGACUAUGUAGCAUUUUAUCCUGAUAAUACGGAAGAUGAUAAACGAUUCAGCAUGCGAUCGGACGUCUCCGUCUAUAACAACCAAUCAGGUCGACCUCGUCAAGCUUCCGUCUCGAUGGUGGCCCCUUCUGGAUUAUCGCAUGUGGCAACUCAUGAGAGAUCUAGGACUACUGAGAUUGCGAAUAACUCCAGAUGGCAAGGGGGUCAUAAGUCGCUCCUCAGCCAGCGGCGAUCAUCAGACUGGAAUAGUCGGCGUGGUAGUGAAUAUGGACAGCCGAUAUCGCGACAAUCGUCUCAAUAUCAUCUUCAAGAACGUUACAGUCAGGGCCAGAUUGAUGAAAUGGCACGAAGCUACUCGAGCAGCGCUGUACUACCGCUCCACCUUUUGGAGUCUCACACAGCAUCACAACUUACCCCGGAGGAGGUUGGGAGAGGUCGGCGACGUUCUUCUCAUAAGCAUCUAAAAGAUAGACGGCGAGGGUCACGAAGCACACAAAUGUCUCAAAAGGAGCCCAUCGACCUUUCGCAGUUCACUCUCAUCGAGGAAUACCCCUCUGCCAGCUGCCCUGUGCAUGGAAGCCGUCCUCCGUCGGGAACUAGGCGCCAGAACCAUUCGAGGGCCAGGGGUCGGUCAGGAAGUCGCUCGCAGCAAGUACCAGAGUCGCAACCUGCUAGGAAACAGUCCAACCGGCGCGUGCCAUCGCAAAAUGAGAAUCAGAGGGGUGAAUACGGCUUAGGCUUAUCAUAUCGACCCGUUCACUCGACAAGACCUGAAUUAGAGCACUUGACCAGAGAGAGAAAGAGAGAUGAGAGGGAGAGUUAUGAGGAACGUGCUGCUGACCAUAUUUCCGGCCCAAAGACUCCUACUGCUAUGCGACUGGUCCCCGAUUUGGAACUGCCCGAUGGCCUUGAAAAAACUUUUUCUUUGCUCAAAUGUGUGGAGAAGGUGCCAGAACGCAUUGUGAGACGGCGCGUGAGUUCAUUUUGGUAA